CUAUGCCACAUGUCUAGAUAUUUAAUUGACACAAGGCUGUUCAGACCAGAUCAUAUGGUUUGAACAGCAUGUAGAGUAUAAGGCGAGAAUGUAAUAAAAAUAUGCUUUUUGUUUUCAAGAAUGUGUAGACAAGGAAGUGCAGUUUCUUCGUCGUAAGAUUUUAGUAAUCACAGAUAGUGAGGAAGUGGUUGCUAAGGAAAUCGUGGUUUAAAGUGACAGCUGACAAAGUGAUAAAAAGCGUUGUACAAAGGCGGGGUGCUUAAGUGUUCUGUAUUAGAAUUAGUCAAGAUUAAGAUGUCGGGGCACAGCAGUCGGAGUAAUCGCGCCGUACACAUUAGUUCAAUAUUUCAGAAGCUUCAGGGGCGUUUUACGGAAGCAAUGACUCCACCGAAGUUGUCAACAGACAAACGCAUGCUUGACAAAACAUGGAAAUUGAUGGACAAGGUAGUUAAGUUGUGCCAGCAUCAGAGGAUGAAUCUUAAAAACUCGCCGCCUUUCAUCCUAGAUAUCCUUCCGGACACUUAUCAGCGAUUGAGGCUAAUUUACAGCAAAUACGAGGAUCGAAUGCAUGUACUACACAGCAAUGAGCACUUCUGCGUUUUCAUAAACAACUUGAUGCGGAAGUGCAAGCAGGCAAUUAAGCUUUUCAAGGAGGGCAAGGAGAAAAUGUUUGACGAGACCUCACACUACCGUAGGAACCUGACAAAGCUCAGUCUUGUCUUUAGUCAUAUGCUCUCCGAGCUUAAGGCAAUUUUUCCGAAUGGAGUUUUUGGAGGUGAUCAAUUUCGCAUUACAAAGUCAGACGCCGCGGAAUUUUGGAAGGAAAGAUUUGGUAACAGUACCUUGGUUGCGUGGAAAGUAUUUAGACAUGAACUGAAUCAAGUUCACCCAAUAAGUUCUGGAUUACAAGCCAUGGCUCUAAAAUCUACAAUAGAUCUUACUUGUAAUGGUUACAUUUCUAAUUUCGAAUUUGAUGUUUUUACGAGGUUAUUUCAACCCUGGGCAACUUUAUUGCGUAAUUGGAAGAUCCUAGCUGUAACCCAUCCUGGUUAUGUUGCUUUUCUUACUUAUGAUGAAGUUAAAGCAAGAUUACAAAAAUAUUGUAUCACAAAACCGGGAAGCUACGUUUUUCGUUUAAGUUGCACGAGGUUAGGUCAAUGGGCGAUUGGCUAUGUUACAUCUGAUGGUGACAUUCUACAAACUAUACCGCACAACAAAAGUCUUUGCCAAGCACUCCUGGAUGGUUAUCGAGAGGGAUUCUAUUUGUAUCCAGAUGGACGAAAUCUAAAUCCCGACUUAACAUGGGCCGUUCAACCUACACCUGAAGAACAUAUUAAGGUGACAGCAGAGCAAUACGAGUUAUACUGUGAAAUGGGAAGUACGUUCCAGCUGUGUAAAAUUUGUGCCGAGCAUGAUAAGGACGUGAGAAUAGAACCCUGCGGCCAUUUAUUGUGCACACCGUGUCUCACAGCUUGGCAGGUAGAUUCUGAAGGACAAGGUUGCCCGUUUUGUCGAGCGGAAAUCAAAGGCACCGAACAGAUAGUUGUAGACCCAUUUGAUCCUCGAAGAACACAUAGACCUGGAGUUCAUUCAGCAUCAACGAGUAACGCAUCAACCCCUACGCGGGACUUAGACCCCGAUACUGAGGUAUCGGACUAGGAGUAGCAUCCACCCUCCAUUACGAAACGUGCCCUUUGUAUCACGAAAUCCCCAGUUAUGUAUCAUGUUCAAGAGAGCCGCUUGUUUUCUUAGUUCACUAAAGUUGAACUUUAAAUUAAUCAUUUUGCAAAAUUCUUCUCACAUCCAUACAUUUUUUUAACAUGUUACACACCAUCGUAUACCUUUUCUUAUCGCAAUUGCGAGUUUUUCGUUGUUGAUUACUGAUGCAGUUUUUAUUCCAGCCAAGGAUCUUAUUUUGUUUGAACUGAACGAUGCUUUUCUUUUCAAUUAUAAAUAAGUUGUAUGGUUAUUUUUAAUUCUCCUGUUUUAGCUACUUCAAUCGAUGUAUACUCAUUUUAUUUUUUAUUUUAAGUAUAAUGCAAAUGUUAAACCUAUUUCAUUAAACAAAAAUUAUUUACCUGAACAUUGUUUCAGACAGAAUUAAGAUUUUACAGUUUUAUUAAGGGAAUGUGAUACUUCGUCUUAUGGUAAAUCGGGUUCAGUUCCCUAUGAUUUUUUUCCACGAAAGUGAAAAUUUAAAAAAAAACUGAAUUCGGAGAUGCUAUGAA